GCAUGAGCCGGCGGCGGCGAGGGCGCUUUGGCCGUGCGCAUCGCUGUGCGCGCCCGGGCCCCGCCGGCCGAGCGAGCGAGAGGAGCGCGCUGCCCGCCCGCGCCGAGCCAUGGCAGAUUCAUAUUCCUACAGAGGUGGAAAGAAGGUGGCUGGAUCUAGCAAGACCAGCGCAGACAAAGACAGCAGCAAGGCAGAGAUGAAGAUAAACCCGGCGUACGAGCAGUCGAGGCUUGGAAAUGCAACUAACGAUAAAACGGAAGGCAAAAGGAAAGGGAGGCCGAAGGCAGACGGCCAGGCCCUGAAGGAUAUUCCGCUGCCUCUGAUGAACCAGUGGAAAGAAGAGUUCAAGGCCCACUCCAGGGUGAAAUGCCCCAACUCGGGCUGUUGGCUCGAAUUCCCCAGCAUCUAUGGCCUGAAGUACCACUACCAGCGCUGUCAAGGGGGCGCCGUUGUGGAGAAGCGGACCUUCCCGUGCCCGUUCUGCGAAGCCGCCUUCACCUCCAAAACCCAGCUGGAAAAGCACCGCCUCUGGAACCAUCUCGACAGGCCGCUGCCGGCCGCCGCCGCCCCGGUGGAAAACAGGUCUCCAAAAGUCUCUGUCAAGGGCAAGAAAAGAGCUGCCGAGGGUUCAGCUUCCCUCACCAUCCAUCCCAAACAGGCAAAGGUGGAGAAGGCUGUCGCCCUGCACCGCCCCGAGAACGGAGAAUGCGCGGCCGUGAGCCCAGGCAGCAAAGACUUCCAGACCAGGGCGGCCGCCAUGCCUGGCUCUCAGCUGUCGGGCGGCAAAGGCUCCAAGCAUCAGUCGAGCAGGCAGGCCUCUGAGCAGGAGGAAGACCCCGAGAGGAUGAAGCACAGAAGGAAACAGAAAACUCCUAAGAAAUUUACUGGAGAGCAGCCGUCCAUCUCCGGAACAUUUGGACUGAAAGGGCUGGCGAAAGCAGAGGACAAGGCGAAAGCACACCGGGCAAAGAAACUGGAGGCGUCUCUGAGCGGCGCCGGCAAUGAAGACCUGAAGAAGAAAACGCCAGGGUCCGGUGUGAGAAAGGAUGCUGUCCCAACAGCAGCAGCUCCUUCUGCAACAGCGAGCCCAGAAGAGCAGUGGCAGCGGGCGAUCAAUGAGAGAGGGGAGGUGGCUUGUCCGACCUGCAGCAUGAUCACCCGGAAGACGAUCCUUGGCCUCAAGAAGCACAUGGAAGUCUGCCAAAAGCUGCAGGAUGCCUUGAAAUGCCAGCACUGCAAGAAGCAAUUCAAGUCCAAAGCCGGGUUGAAUUACCACACCAUGGCCGAGCACGUCAACAAGCCAGUUCCUGUGGAAGCCGCUGCCCCUCUCAGCGAGCACGAAGAGCGGGAGAGGCUGAGGAAAGUACUAAAGCAGAUGGGGAAACUAAAAUGCCCCGUUGAGGGGUGCGUGGCUACUUUCUCCAGCCUUAUGGGGUACCAGUACCACCAGAAGCGGUGCGGGAAGCAGCUGUCCGAGGUGGAGAAGCCCGUCUUCACCUGCCUGCAGUGCGGGAAGACGUACAAGUCGAAAGCAGGACACGACUACCACGUGCGGUCAGAGCAUCCGUCCGCGCCUCCUGAACAGCCCGAGAUCAAGCCUGAAGUCAGCCUCGUCGAAGAUUUCGAGAGGACUCCGAGCGGCAGGAUCCGGCGCACGUCAGCCCAGGUCGCCGUCUUCCACUUGCAGGAAAUCGCCGAGGAUGAGCUAGCCAAGGACUGGACCAAACGGAGGAUGAAGGACGACUUGGUCCCCGAGACAAAGCGACUAAACUACACCCGUCCUGGGCUUCCAAAGCUGAACCCGAGGCUUCUGGAAACCUGGAAAAACGAAGUGAAGGAAAAAGGACACAUCAACUGCCCUAAUAACUGCUGCGCUGCCAUCUAUUCCAGUGUGUCCGGUUUGAAAGCCCACCUUGCAAACUGCAACAAGGGAGACCACUCCGUGGGGAAGUACCGUUGUCUUCUGUGUCAGAAGGAGUUUAGCUCAGAAAGCGGAGUCAAGUACCAUAUCAUUAAGACUCACUCGGAGAACUGGUUCCGGACUUCCACGGAGGCCAUCCGGAAGAAAAAGACCAGCGAGCCGACCUCUGCCAGCCACGAGGAGAAGAAGAAAAGCACAGACGGGAAGAAGAGGGGGCGGAAACCGAAGGAAAGGCCUCCGGAAUCUUCCACCAAAAGCAAAGAGAUAGGCAAGACGAACCAUAAGAAACCGGCGGGGCCCUGGGAGGCCGCGGACUUCAGCCCCGAUGAGAGAGAGCGAGGUAACAAGCCCCCCCACAGCAAGAAAGGGGGGGUCCAGUAAAAUGCCAGAGAAAUAAGCCGUCGUUUUUUGGGGGGGAAGAAAACAAAACAAAACUCUCUAAUGAUUAGUUUACAGCCCAGGGUAAUGGGGCGGAAGGAGGGGAGAGCUACUCCCCGUAUAUGCUGGGCCCCUUCUGCUCAUCCCUUUUUUAAAAACGAAAAACCACUUUAAAUCACGGGACAUUUUGUUUUCACCACUGGAAGAAGAGAACGAAGCGAGGAACGGCCGCUGCGAUUCUUCCGUCGGAAACCUCUGCGGAUUGUACAUAACCCCCCUGUGUGGGUCAGGCGCCCCGCAUCCACGGGCAGGUGGAAUAGUAAGGUGGUUUGUCGGCGCCCUCCUUCCUUACUUCCUGCUUCUGAAUUCGAACCCAAUACCGUUCAAGCAAAGAGAGAGAAGGAGAGGGAGAGAGCAAAGGGUGUGUUUGCUCAAGCAAAGGGAGAAGAAAGUGCAAUAGGAACCCAGGCGUAAGCUGGUCGAAAUUCUUUUUUAAAAAGCUAUUAUUAUUUGUGGAUUCCUUUUCAGGUAGCAGUCAUGUGUUAGGAAAUAGAGCUGGUGGGGAUUUUACAGAUGAAAUUAUUGUUGUGAUUGUGGUUGCGAACCAGCUUUCUUUUAUAAUUUUCAUAGGAGAUGCUUUUUUACGAAGGAAAAAAGGAAAAACAAAAACCCGAUGGGGUCGUUUGACGACGGACGUUUCGGGAUUGUCGUUUUGUUAGGUUCUGUUCACGUUUUAAACGUUGCCCUGAUUUGGGACCCGGUUCCCCGUUUUCAGUUUUGGGAGCUAUAUCCUUCAUUUGUCAAGGUUUGGGGAGGAGGGCGGGGAAGGGGGAGGGUUUUGGCAAUGAGACGUUUUUGGAAGCAGACCUGUUGGGAGUUUUGAAAAUGGCCGUUCUCUCGCUGCGUCAAUUCUUGCCUGGGAGCCCCUGCAGGGGAAAAUCACAAACAUUUUUUUGUAAGGCAUACUUCUUUGAGGGGAAGCUUUGAACGGGAAGCGCUUAUUGCGGUGCGAAAUAAAUUUCGAGAACGUU